CGACAACCACAGGAUAAAAACAUGGAUGUCAUCUUUGUGGAGAAGGAAAAUCACAGGAGGAGGUCUGACCAACAGCAGCAGCCAACAUGGGGAAGGUUUGUGUCUGGAUUUAACUUUUCAAAAGAAGAUUAUUCCCAACAUGUGAGCUACAGGACUUUGACUGAAAACAUGAUUGUUUCUCACUCCUCAGAUCAUUUUCUACGAGGACAGAAACUUUGAGGGUCGUCACUAUGAGUGUAUGAGCGACUGUGCUGACCUCCACUCCAUGUUUGAACGCUGUCGCUCCAUCAGGGUGGAGAGCGGCAUGUUCAUGAUCUACGACCGACCCGGGUACACAGGGAACCAGUACUUUGUGAGGAGGGGGGACUACUCUGACUACAUGGGCAUGGCUGGACUGAACGGCUGUGUGAGGUCCUGCCGAAUGAUCCCCAUGGUAAGACCUGCCGAGUCAUGAUAUAUAUAUUUUUUUAAAUUAAGAGCAGAAUAAGGUUUUUGAUUAUAUAUUUGCCUCCAAAUCUGUUUUCCUGUAAAAUUUGUCCUGAAUAAAUAAGGAUUAAACAGCUGGAUUUGACCAGAAAUAGACACCUCACGAUUAUCAUAGCCAUAAAAUAUCACAAUUACAAUAUUUUAAUGAUAUUUAUGGAAAACUUGAAAAUAAAACAACACAAUCAGUCAGGCUGAGUAAUCAAUUUCUAAUGAUGUGCAAAUUUAUGAUUAAUCCACCUAUCCAGCCCUGUUAUAGAAUCUUCUCUGGAGAAUACAUUGUGUCGUUUAAGUUGUGACAUUACCUGCAAUGUCAAACCAUGCUUUUAUUUUGAAGUGUAGGCUACUUUUGGUAGAUCAUGAGUUACAGAACCAAACAAAAUCAGUCAAAAGAAUAGUUAGGAAGUAAGUUGGUGUCAAACAGGAAGUUGUUUAUUUAUGGUAGCUAGCUUAGCCUGGCAUAAAGACUGGGUAAAGCUGUCGAUGUCCAUGCAGUGGCAUCAUCUUGCAGCCUGAACAUUGUCAUAUUUUUUAUUCUGAUGAGGUAAAAUUGAUCAGAUUUAAAGUAUUUCUUAUCAUGGAUGUAGUUGGAUAUGUUUGCAAAGAGCUAGGCCAACUUUCCAUGCCUGUUUCUGGUCCUGAUGCUAAGUUAAGUAGCCUGAUUGUUUUGUCAUCUGAGUGCUUUCAUGUUUUCUCCCAGCUCUACCAGUAAAUGUAAAUUUCUGCUUUCUAUGUAGUUUUUUUUUAAAAAUCUUUUACAUAAAACAUAAUAUUCUUAACAAUAAACUUUCUUCACCCUUGUUUGUUCCAGCACCACGGCAGCUACAAGGUGAGGCUGUACGAACAUUUCGACAUGGGAGGUGAGAUGAUGGAGCUGACCAACGACUGCCCUAACCUCAUGGACCGUUUCCACAGCUCCAACUUUAACUCCUGCACCGUCAUGGACGGACACUGGCUCAUGUACGAGCAGCCCAACUACAGGGGGCGCCACUUCUACCUGAAGCCCGGCCAGUACAAGAGCUUCAGCGAUUGGAAUGGAAACAACUCCCGAAUCGGCUCCAUCAAACGGCUCAAAGACCUCUAA